AACCCUAAAACUAUUAUGAACUCUGUUUUCUUUAUAAAUAACAUAUUAUGAUAUAAUCUAAUCAGCUUCCUUUUCCAAUCCUCCUUUAUAAUGUGCUAUUGGGAUGUAUGUAUCUCGACCUACCAAUUUUACAGUAUCAAAGUUUCCACAGCAAAACAAAAUCCUCCCUCAACUUCCCAAUUACACUUAUUAUCAUUAUAGUCCCUCCACACCUCAAUAAAUCCAUGAUCCUUCAACUCCUCCUCAUUUUGACAUUCGUCACUAUUGCCCAAGGAAAAGGAGGAGGAGGAAGAGGAGGGGGAAAGGGGGGCAAAGGGGGAAAAGGGAAACCAAAGAAGCCCGCUGAUGUGCUCAAAUGUCUCUACAAAAUACCUGCGGGCUACGCUGACAAUCUGGCCGCCACAAAAUCGAGAUAUACCGUCACCGUUACUUCUGGGAGUGUUAUUUCCACUCCAACUUACGGUAAGAAAUGGAAAAAUCCUCCUUUCAUAAAUUACACCAUAGCUGAUUUAUAUGUAAAGAUGGAUCUUGCUUCUUGGAUAAUCCUCCAAAAGAAUGCGCCCGCGAUACAGAUCGAUGCAGAGGAGCAUGCAUUGUGGAGCACAUAACUGGCGACGAGAGUGCCGCGCAAAAAGGCAUGACAAGUAGUUUGUUACUAGUGGCAUUUGUAGGUGUGUCGGACUACUUGGCGGUCUGGUUUUAUGGCUAUUUUGAAUUGAAAUUGAAAUAGGACUAGACCGGGAGGGGCGAUGGCACAAUAAGAAUAUUUCAAGUAGCGGCGGAUCGACAUAUCUUACAACCAGUUGCAGUACAAGUGCAGCGGAGGAUCAAAAAGUUUUUGUCGAUUGUGGCG